AUGGAUAAUAAUGAAUUUGAAGAAGAGGAGUAUGAAGAAGCUCAGGAAUUUGUGACAAAGAUAAAUUCCACAAAUCGCGAUGCAGUCUUCUUUGCGAUCGAUUGUUCAGAAUCAAUGUUGAAACCUGACAGCUUUGACAUCGGCAAUGGCGAAAGCGAAAACAAUGAUCCUAAUAUCCCUUUGCGUUCUGCUAUCCGUGCUGCGUCUGAAGUCUGUCUACGUAAAAUUAUUGAUCGAUCGCAAGAUUACGUUGGAGUUCUUUUAUAUCAUACUAGAAAACAUAAAAAUAAGUCAGACACGAAUCACAUAUACGUGUUUCAUGAUGUUGAUUUUCCGGAUGUUAAUAGGAUCAGAGAGCUUAAUGAACUCGCGUCAGCCGAAAUCGAUUUUAACGAGCAUUUUGGAUCUAGCGAUGAAGAAUUCCCGCUCGCUAACGUGUUUAUGGCAUGUCGCGAUUCUCUCGCGCAAUUGUCUGCCUCCUUUAAGACCAAAAGAAUAUUCGUUAUUACAGAUCAAGAUCAGCCACAUAAAAACAACCCAUUUCUACGAAGCGCGGCGAUUACACGAACUCACGACUUGGCCGAAAUCGAUAUUGAAAUAAAUCUAUUCAGUAUCAAUCGGCCUGACAAGCCAUUCAAUUUCAAUGCGUUCUGGAGUGAAAUUAUCUGUCAAGAUGACCUUAAAAAGAAUCACAUCAACACUUCUGGUGAUAUUGAAGUACUGGUGGAACGCGUGAUGGCAAAAGAAUCUCCUAGGCGUUCUAUGUUCUCGCUACCGUUCCGAAUGGGACCUAAUGAUGUGCUUACUUUCGGGGUCAAAGGAUACGUGCUCUGUAUCGAGAGAAGAAAACCACUACAUCAAUGGGCAUAUAUGAAAGCUGAGGAGAUUAAACUAGCGAGCUCUCAAGCUACCUAUAUAUGCGCGGAUACCGCGCAACGUCUAUUAACUUCUGACAUUAAAUACUCCUAUAGCUUUGGUGGUGAAAAGAUUGUCUAUACCGCCGACGAACUGCACGAACUGAGAAAGAUCGGUGAAAUGGGAAUCACGCUCCUUGGAUUUAAACCAUACAGUCGAUUCAAGUUUCACUACCAUCUCGAGCAUCCUUAUUUCAUUUACCCGGACGAAGAGAAAUACGAAGGAAGUACUCGGACGUUUGCAGCAUUACAUCAAAAAAUGCUCGAAAUGGAGAAAAUUGCAAUUUGCCAAGUGCGGCUCCGCAAGACUUCAGUUCCUCGUAUCGCUGCUCUUGUAGCUCAGAAAGAAGAAUUGGAUGAAUACGGCGCUCAAAUUCACCCGCCUGGCAUUCAAAUGUAUUAUCUUCCAUACGCUGAAGAUUUACGACCGUUGCCAGAGUGGUCGGAACUUACUUCAGCACCUUCGGACUUGGCUCAAAUUGCGGAAGAAGUGAUUAAUACUCUCACAAUAAAAAGCGGUUUUUCACCCGAAAAAUUCAAAAACCCUGCUCUAAAGCGAUUUUAUGACGUGUUACAAUGUAUCGCGCUUGAUAAAGAACUGCCGGAAACCUAUACUGAUACUACAGCCCCAAAAGUCAAUGCUAUUCGAAAGCGUGUCGGAAAGAAGUUUAUCGAGUUCAAUAAACGCAUCCUUUCAACCACAUCAGAAAUUAAAGCAAAUCGCCAAGACCUCGUCUACGAAGUAAAGUCAACAAGAACACCAAGGAAGGCAACGACAGGCGCUGCAUCUAGGCCAAAAGCGAAACCUGUGUCUGAAGAUGGUAGUGUUGAUGUAGAAGCAUUGUGGAAGGACGGACGGGCUGAAAAGGCAACAAUUGUGGAUAUAAAAGCAUAUCUAACAAAAAUAGGACACACAGUUACUGCGAAAAGGAAAGCCGAGUUACUGGAAGAGCUGGAUUCAGUCUUGAAGCAAAAGUAUUCUGAUUAA